AUGGUAUACAUUACCUCCGACCUCUUCGGCCCCAGCACCGCACGCGAUUGGCAACAAGACGGCACAUCUCACAAUUGGCAUACCAUGGCCCCCGACCAGCCCGCCGCCGGUCUUGGCAAGAGAAAGCGACAAGCAGGCGACGAUAGACCACAACUCUACGAACGCCCAUGUACCUCACUUCACACGUCCGGCACCGACAUCUCCCCAAAGACCAUCCCACGCCAACACCGCUCCUCACUAAGCCGCGACUCCCCCCGCCUCCACCAUCCCAAUACCCCGCCAUUCGACUCCAACAACACCCUCUCCUACGCCUUCCUCCCCUCAAAACCCACCGACUUCUCGUCCGACCGCCGCCCCGUCAAACAGCUCAAACGCUUCAGCCCCAAAGCCCCCCUCGUAAAAUCAACCUCGCACCUCAUGGAUAUCGAUCUCGAUGUCCAAGCCCCUACUACCUGCGGGACGCCGGCACACCACCAUGCCGUCUCCGACCUCCGUUCGUGCCAUGCGUGCAAGAAGGCUCCCACGCGAAAGAAGGACUUGGAAAACUAUCUCGACUGUAGAAGGUGUGAGGGGAGAACGUGCUUUAUCUGCGCGAGGCAGUGUGUUGGCUGCGCCAAGGCGAUUUGUAAAAAGUGUAUAGUGGAGGUGGGGGAAGAGGGGGAUGCCUGGUGUUUGGAUUGUUAUUCGCAAACUAUCAAUUCUUGAUCCUGGAAUCUUCUCCAAUCCUUUUUGGUAGCUUUUCCUUUCUUUGACCUAGUUUUUUUUCUUCACACCUAUUUGCUCAUUUCAUCUUUUUUUUGGCGCUCGCUUUUCGCAUUUUUUUUUUCACAAAACAAUCUUUGGCCUUUUUGGGUGGUUCUGUU